CGGGGAGCCGGUCGGGUUCCCGCUCGCUGUCGCCGCCGCCGCCCCCCACAGUGCCUCUCCCGCCUCUCCACAGCGCCGGUCGUGGGAGCUGCAUCCUCCACUCAGUUCUCUGAGGAGACUCCAGUUCGGGAUCAGCGAACCUACGACGCGACACACCGACACCCCCCGUCAAAUCCAGCCUGGGCGACCCCUCCCCGGCCGGGUCCGCCCUCGCCCUGCUCGGUGCCGGAGUCCCCCGGCCCUGAGCGUCCCGUGGGCCCGCUCCCGCACUCUAGCCUCGGCACUCCCACAGCCGCCGCCCCCCACCCGGAACAUGGACUCCGACUCCUGCGCCGCCGCCUUCCACCCCGAGGAGUACUCCCCCACUUGUAAGAGGCGCCGGACUGUGGAAGACUUCAACAAGUUCUGCACCUUCGUGCUGGCCUAUGCAGGCUACAUCCCCUAUCCGAAGGAGGAGCUCCCCCUGAGGAGCAGCCCCAGUCCUGCCAACAGCACUGCAGGGACCAUCGACAGUGAUGGCUGGGACACUGGUUUCUCUGACAUUACAUCUUCAGUGCCCGACCGAUGCUUCAGCCACCUGCAGCCUUCCCUCUUGCAGAGAGCUAAGCCCAGUGACUUCCUGCUGGACAGGAAGAAAACGGACAAGCUGAAGAAGAAGAGGAGGAGGAAGCGCAGGGACAGCGACGUGCCUGGGAAGGAGGAGUACAGGGGGAGCCUGCUGAAGCUGGAAGCUGCUGACCCGUAUGUGGAGGCCCCCUCAAGUCCCACCAUGCAGGAUAUUCCCCAGGCCUCUGCUGACCCCUGCUCGGGCUGGGACUCUGACACUCCUUCAAGUGGUUCUUGUGCUACUGUGUCACCUGAUCAGGUCACAGAAAUAAAAACUGAAGGGAAACGGACUAUUGUCCGCCAGGGAAAGCAGGUGGUGUUCCGAGACGAAGACAGCACUGGUAAUGAUGAAGACAUCAUGGUGGACUCAGAUGAUGAUUCCUGGGAUCUUGUCACCUGUUUCUGCAUGAAGCCCUUCGCUGGUCGCCCCAUGAUCGAGUGUAACGAAUGCCACACCUGGAUCCACCUGUCUUGUGCGAAGAUCCGCAAGUCCAAUGUUCCGGAAGUGUUUGUCUGCCAAAAGUGCCGGGACUCCAAGUUUGAUAUCCGUCGCUCCAACCGGUCCCGAAUGGGCUCCCGGAAGCUGUUUCUGGACUGAUCUGGGGCUGUCAAGGAGAUAGGCGGGACUGGAAGGGCCUGGGCUCUGGCCUCCCUUAGUUGAGCACAGAACUCGCAGCUCUGGUGUGGGCAGACCCUGCCACUCAGGUGCCUAAGCAAAGGACGAGCCGUCCAGAUAGAACUGUACAUAGCUAGUGAGCAGGUAAAAGGGUCAGCGCUGCUGCUCCAGCUGUGUUCUCUGCGUUGGUGGCAGACUGAGCACCAGAUCUGCUUCUGCUAACAGUGAGUGUGCACAGUCAUUGUUAGUCAGUUCCCGCCAGCCAUCGGGCGGUGCUGGCUGUCAGUCCCGUGUCCUGUGUGCUGGGGAGGUGUUGUGUUUAUUCUCAGUGUUGCUCUUUUAUCCCAAGUGUCUAUGCAGCCGUCCAGGUUGCCCGCCCCUUUGUGGUCUCACUUCCCUGCCUCAGUUGUACUUUCUGAGACAGGGAGCUGUUUCCUGAGAGGUCCGGUGUCCCCAAGAGGAGCCCUGGGUGGGGGGUGAGUGGUGGUUCUUUGGUUUUUCACUGUUUAAAGGGACAGUGUGUAGCCAUUUUUCCACAGAGCGAGGGUGGGGGUGGAGGUGUUCUGUGUUCAUAACUCAGUUUCUUGUUUUGCACGAUGUAAAAAACAAAAACCAUUUUUUUUCCACACGACACAGCCCAAAGUGUUAGCCACUGUCCUACUGGGUGCCCGUCUCUGCUGGUGGUGGUCGGUGACCAGGGUGCCCAGCACUGUGCGGUGGGAGCACAUGUUUCCUCCUUAAGCUGCUCCAGUGGCAGUCCACAGAAGACACUGUCUUUGGGACCUGUGUGUGGUUCUUCAGAUAAUGGGUGACGAGUCAGGGCACUCUGCCUUGCAUACAGGCUGACCUGUUGGGUUCCUGGGGUGCUGCAGCAGGGGUCUGAGUUAGUUGCUGUAACAUCAGCUUGCAGGGCUUCAAAGGUGUGAACCAGAGUCCUGAUCUGGGUGAGGGCUGGCUCAGCUCCUGGACACUGGUGACCUGUCCUGGGGCAGGGGAGGAAGGAGAGGACGAUGUGGGCUCUCGCCCCGGCGUUUCCAAUGCUUGUUCUUUCUCAGCAGUGUUUGGCAGAGCCAUGGGUGUGUUUCAUACCCAUCUAUCACAUGUGUUCUGUGUUAGACAUGAGACAGCAGAGCGGCCAAGUGUGUCACCUUUCUUCCCCUUCCUGGAACACCUGCAGGGUCACCAGGCAUCUUAAGCACCAAAGGAGCUCAGACUGUAGACUGUAAUUUGGCUAAUUGGAGCCUUUUUUUUUUUUCCUUUCUUGUCUUAGCAUCUUUCCCAGUUUAAGUAACUUUUUCAUGUUAAAGUACAGAGAAGUACUGCUGAGCUGUUGGUUGUGCAGACUUCAAGAGAGCUUUGCUAAGGAGAAGGAGCUAUGACAGAAGCAGUCUUGUCCCUAGGCUAUUGUGUGGCUCUGACUGGGGCAAACACCCAGGACAAGUCAGGAAUUUGCCAAAGACCUGCCCCGUGACAGUUCUUGUCCAGUGUCUUCACCCUGAGAAUAACCAAAGUUCCAGUAGGUUUUUAAGUGCAUUUAAGAUGUGUGUGGUUUUGUUGUGGAGCGGCGGGGCUGCCAUUCUUACAUCCAUGUGCUCAGAGAUUACUCAAUGCCUCUGGAAUACAUUGGACAUCUCAGUUUCUGUUUGCUUGCUUUGUUUUUAAGGGGAUCUUUCCCUGUGGGUGGUGUCCGAAGUCAGACACCUUGGUUUGGGGGUAGGUGAGCUGGGCAGCUGCAAUCAGCUUGUUUAUGCAAACUGGGCUCGACCCUCUAGGGGCUCCUGGUUGAUGGCUGAUGGCGGGAGGGAAAGGUGUCAUCCCCAAGCAGACCCUUCCCGUUGGCUUCGGCCAGGCCAGACACAGCAUCGUUUACAUGUUCUGUGUAAUUAUAAUGUUUAUGUGUAUAAAGCAAGCUGUUUCUGUGAAACUGUAUAUUUUGUAAAUAAAGAUAUUGCUACUUU